AUGGCGAUGAUGAUGACUGGCCGUGUGCUGCUGGUGUGUGCCCUCUGCGUGCUGUGGUGCGGUGCCAGCGGUAGAUGUGACGGGGAGGACACGGCAGUUUCUGGGAGUGGUGGUGAAUCUCCGCUGGCAUCAAAAGGAAUUGAAACGUCUCCACAAGGCACCCAAGAAUUAAGACGUGGAGCAGGAGGUGUUGAAGGAAAUGUACCUUCCACAUCUUCAGAGGAUGAAGUUGAAGAAGAUGAAGAUUAUGAUGAUGAUGAUAAAGGGACGGAAGAUGGAGAAGGAAAAAGAACAGAAAGGCAGAGUGUUCAAGGAGGAAAAGCUGCACAAGACCCAGAUUCCAGGGAAAAGAAUUUAGGUGGGAGUGAUCAGGAAAUACACCAGUCAAUUGCACCUGCAGGGGACAUUUCUCAUUCCGACACUCAGGAAUCAAAUGCCAUUCCCACGCAAACGGAAAUUGAAGAAAAGAAGGAGAUUGAGGAAAAUACACCAGCAGUAGAGAACGCACUCAAAACGGUUAACGGAGAGCACACACUGCCUGGGGGAAUUGCGGGUGGAAAUCCUUCAUCAUCUCCAGAAGACAGUGUUGAUUCCCGCGAAAAGGAUGGCGAAGACCCCAAGAGUGGAGGUAGAAAAAAUGAUCCGCCGCCUGAGACCGCAGCCACACCACAAAGCCACCGAGACAAAGGCUCAGGAAGGACUGGGGAAGAUAAAAAAGCAACAACAGUUGAAUCCACCGCCAACACAAAUCAUACGACGACACCUGGCGACAGUGACGGCAGCACCGCGGUCUCCCACACCACCUCCCCUCUUUUGCUUCUUCUUCUUGUUGCGUGUGCGGCUGCUGCGGCUGCGGUGGUGGCCCCGUGA